GGCGGUCGCACAGUCCCCUUUCACCAUAAAUCACGCAAUUGUGACCCCGUACCGUCCGUCUCUUAUGAUGCAGCCCUCAGAAACAGUUGAGAUGCAGGAAAUGGCUCAACCUUCCGGCCAGCAGCGCGAUGUCGAAGCGAGAGUUCAAUCGGCCCCAGCAAACCAUUCUCAUGAUGCUGGAUGCACCGAGAUGUUUUGCAUUGCAAUGUCCUACGUCCUUAUCUUCCUCACGUUCCCCGUCUCUGUAUUCAUGUGCAUAAAGAUUGUUCAGGAAUACCAACGUGCUGUAGUUUUCCGUUUGGGACGUCUUGUUCCUGACGUCAAAGGUCCCGGAAUCUUCUUCAUCAUACCUUGUAUUGAUACUUUCUUGAAUAUCGAUCUGCGUGUGGCAUCGUACAAUGUCCCUUCACAAGAGAUUCUGUCUCGCGAUUCGGUUACCGUUUCUGUUGACGCAGUUGUCUACUUCAAGGUGUUUGACCCAAUCACUUCGGUCGUCGGAGUUGGCAAUGCGACCGACUCUACCAAACUUUUGGCUCAAACCACCCUCCGUACAAUUCUCGGUACCCAUACCCUUUCAGAAAUUCUAUCCGACCGUGAGAAAAUCUCCGCCGACAUGAAAAUCUCGCUCGAUGAAGCUACAGAGCCAUGGGGAAUCAAGGUUGAACGUGUCGAGCUUCGCGAUGUCCGUCUUCCAUCUCAAAUGCAACGUGCUAUGGCUGCUGAAGCCGAGGCUACUCGUGAUGCUGGAGCAAAGAUUAUCGCUGCCGAAGGAGAAUUAAGAGCAUCUGCCGCUCUUGCUGAAGCCGCCACCAUCAUUUCAAAAAGCGAGGGAGCCAUGCAGCUUCGAUAUCUGCACACACUCAAUGCUAUCAGUUCCGAGAAAACCAGCACAAUCAUCUUCCCGUUCCCAAUGGAGAUUCUCGGAGGAAUCAGCAAGGUUGGUUCAGGAGGCACAUCUCAGAACUUUCCAGUUCAAGAAAUGAUGAAUGCCGCCCUUCAAUCCAUUCAACGUCAGGAUACAGUUCCAGCCACCGCAUCUUCCUCAGGAAGCCGACUCUGAUUCCAAGCAACGCAAAAUGAGCUACAGUUUCGUCAAAAAACAAAACAAGGAUCAACUCGAAGCAUAUUGAUAAUCUCUUUCCUGUUUGAAGUAUUUUUUUUUAACUAUUAAACUGUAUUAUUCAACUGUAUAACACUUAAUAUUUAUACUCGAUUUCCACCUCAUUCACUUCCAAAUUGCACAUAUCGGUUGUCAAGGCAUAUCUUUGAGAGGUUGUCUGAAAGACUUCCGAUUUUGCUCCAAAUUUUUUCAGUCAUUUUUCUCAUCAUAAUAAUAAUAUAUAUAUGAUUCUCCACGUUCCAUUGUAUUUUUCAAGUGUAUUUUUCCAAGAAAAUGAAGGAAGCCAUAUAGUUUAGAAAUU